CGACAUCUGCUGGCCAUAAAAGAAACUGCAUCAAUAAUCUUCAUGGAAAAGUGAAAAAAUUUACUUUAGUCCUGAGUUUCUGCUGUCAGACAGUAAAAUUUAACUUAAAGUCCAUCUGUAGUAACAGGAUUUAGUUAAAUUGUUUUAUAAAGUGAAUUGGCACCAAAAAAUAAUCUGAAAACUAAACUUUAUAGGAAUUUAUGUGCAGCCUUGUGAAGUGGUAAGUAUGCAAACCAACUGUAAAGAAGCUUCAGGAUUUUCUGCUUCAUAUUGUUGUGAUUUAGAAAUGACACUAGAUCCUGUUUUCUCUGUAUUGUUGCUGCAACAAGCAUGAAAACAUGCAAGUCUGGCUGAAAUAUCUCAGCAUGACGACGGAUAAUUUCUAAAUAGUUUCUGGUUUUUGCUCAAAUUCAACAAAAGGACUGACUUGAUGAGAGGAAUUUAAAUUCCUUUAACAGAAAGACGGACAAGCAGAAAACUGACUUGGUUUCAUCCAUCAGGUUUGCUAAAUGUUUCCCAGGCUGGACGGUGAAUGUAACUCUGGUUCUGAUCCAUUUGGAUGACAUGUAUGACUUGUAACACCUGAUCAUUUUCAGCCUUGAAGCCUGUUUUUAUAAAUAACCAAAUCUCAUUAUUUCUCUAGGUGGUUUACACUCAGAGGUUCUGGUCGGGAAAUGAAACUGGUAAACGGACCUGGUGGAGCAGAGAGACAGAAAUGAUUGAACUCCAAGAAAACUAUGAGGAAACUGAAGCUCUUGACUUUUAACCUACUUACAGCUUCAUGGCUGAAUGAGGAAACUGAAGCUCCACGCCUUUCCUCAGAACUGAUCUGGAUCAGAACCGGUUCAGCAGCAUCUGGAUCAGCCAAUCAGCAGGAGUUUCCUCCUGCAUGUCUCUGCUGGUUCCAGUAGAAACGGUGAACUGGUGUCAGAGGUGAUCCACUGCUGGGAUCUGAUGGAAGUCUCUCUGUGGUUCUGAGAGGAAGAUGAUGAUGAUGAUGAUGAUGAUGAUCCUCCUGCUCGUUUCCCAGCAUGCUCUGGGUGGAGUGGUGGAGGUUAAUGAGGGGGCGGAGUCUGUCCUGCUGCCCUGCGAUUACUCUGGUUUUCCACCUGAAGAUCCGUUACUCAUCUGGACUCGCAGUGAUCUCAGUCCUAACUCCGUCCAUCUACGGAGAGAAAACGGUGACGAUCUUAAAAACCAGAACCAGCGUUUCAGAAACCGGACCUCCAUGAAUCCUGACGCUCUGGAUUCUGGAAACUUCAGCCUGACUCUGAGGAAACCUCAACCGUCUGAUGGAGGAAACUACACCUGCAGCAUCUCUAAUGGAAGAGAAGAACGGAAAGUGAAACAGAUUCAUCUGAAGGUCAAAGUUGAUCAGCAGGAGGUCAAGGUCACUGAAGGGUCAGGUUCUGUCGUCCUGCCCUGCACAACAUCAUCCCACCUUCCUGAGGACACAAUAGUGGAGUGGACCCGCUCAGAACCACAAUUUAUGAUGGUUCACAGCAGCAAACAAAAAAACCAGGACGGUUUUUACCGCGACCGAACAGAGAUGAAGAAAGAUUUCCUGAGGACCGGAGACGUCAGCCUGACCCUGAGGAACCCCAGAGACGGAGACGGUGGACGCUACGUCUGCACCGUCUACAGAGACCAGGACGUCCUGAGACACACUGUGGUUCUGGAAUAUGGAAAGAAAGAACCUUUUCCAUCCUGGGCCAAAGUUCUGCUGGUUCUGCUGGUUCUGGUUCUCAUCGUCUCUGCAGGCGUUUUAUAUCAUUUUAAAGAUUAUUUCCUGCCAGUUCCACUGAAGGUGGAUCCAUGGGUUAAAUCUGUCCUGCUCCCCUGCAAAACCAACGUCUGCCUGCCUGGAGGCGCUAGAGUGGAGUGGAAGAACGGAGAGAAGAAGACGGUUUGUGUGUAUCCAAACGGUUCUGCUGAUCCUGAAGAACAGAACCUGACCAGCAGCAACAGAACCAGGAUGAAUGACGACCCACUGAAGACUAAAGACCUCAGUCUGACUCUGGAACGUCCCUCAGUUGCAGACAGCGGGAUCUACACCUGCAGAGUCUCCAUCAGGAAACGAGUCAUCCUGAUGAUGAAACGGGUUCAUCUCCAGGUCAAAGAUGUUGUUGCUCAGUAUCAGCCUGACCUUAAAGAGUUUCUGAAGAUGAAGUUCCAGAGUCUCUCUGAAGGCGUCGCUGAACAUAGAAAUAAAACCGUUCUGAACAAGAUCUACACAGAGCUCCACAUCACAGAGGGGUUAACUAGAGAGGUCAACCAGGAACAUGAGGUCAGACACAUUGAAACAGCAUCCAGGAAACAAGAAACAAUCAGAAGAGAAGACAUCUUUAAAACCCCACCUGGAAGAGAUCAACCAAUCAGAACAGUGAUGACCAUGGGAGUGGCUGGCAUUGGGAAAACACUGUUAACACAGAAGUUCACUCUGGACUGGGCUGAAGGCAAAACCAACCAGAACAUUGAUUUCAUAUUUCCAUUCACUUUCAGAGAGCUGAAUAUGUCGAGAGAAGAAAAGUUCAGUUUAUUAGAACUGAUUCAUAAAUUCUUCACUAAAACCAAAGAAAUCAGCAGCUUUGAAACGUUUCAGGUUCUGUUCAUCUUUGAUGGUCUGGAUGAAAGUCGACUUGAUCUGGAUUUCAAGAACAAUCUGAUCCUGACUGAUGUUACAGAGUCCAGCUCACUGGAUGUUCUGCUGACAAACCUCAUCAGGGGAACACUGUUUCCUUCUGCUCUCCUCUGGAUAACAACACGACCUGCAGCAGCCAAUCAGAUCCCUGCUCAAUGUGUUGGCAUGGUAACAGAGGUCAGAGGGUUCACUGACCCCCAGAAGGAGGAAUACUUCAGGAAGAGAUUCAUAAAUGAAGAAGAGAAGGCCAACAGGAUCAUCUCCCACAUCCAGAAAUCAAAAACUCUCCACAUCAUGUGUCACAUCCCAGUUUUCUGUUGGAUCACUGCUAAAGUUCUGGAGAAGCUGAUGGAGACCAGACAGGGAGGAGAUCUGCCCAAGACCCUGACUGAGAUGUACAUAGAGUUCCUGGAGAUUCAGCUCAAAAUCAAGGAGGAAAAGUAUUUUGAAAAAGCUGAAGAAGAUCCAGAGAACAGGAAGCUGAUUGAGUCUCUAGGAAGACUGGCUUUUGAUCAGCUGCUGAAGGGAAACCUGAUCUUCUAUGACAAAGACCUCAAUCAGUGUGGCAUCAACAUCAAAGAUGCUGCGUUGUUCUCAGGAGUUUUCACUGAAAUGUUUAAAACAGAGAGAGAAGUGAACAACAUCUCCGUCUACUCCUUUGUUCAUCUGAGCAUCCAGGAGUUUCUGGCUGCAGUCUACAUGCUCCACUGUUUCACCAGCAGGAAGUCAGAGGUGAUCCAGACGUUCCUGGGAGAAAAAUACAGAGAAACAUCUCUAGAUGAGUUCAUGAAGAAAGUCAUGAAGAAAUCCCUCAGCAGUGAAAAUGGCCACCUGGACCUGUUUGUCCGCUUCCUUCAUGGUCUCACUGUGGAGUCCAACCAGAACCUCUUAGAAGAUCUGCUGGGUCAGAGAGAGAACAGUCCAGAAACCAUCCAGAGAAUCAUCACCAACCUGAAGGAGAUGAACACUGAUAGAAUCUCUCCUGACAGAAGAAUCAACAUCUUCUACUGUCUGGUGGAGAUGAACGAUCUCUCAUUUUAUCAGGAGAUCCAACGGCUGCUGGAUUCAGGGAAGAAGCUCUCAGAUACUGACUGUUCAGCUCUGGCCUUCAUGCUGCAGAUGUCAGAGGUUCUGGAUGAGUUGGACCUGGAGAAGUACAACACAUCAGAAUAUGGACGACAGAGACUGGUUCCAGCUGUGAGGAACUGCAGAAAGGCUCGACUUGGUGGCUUGAGGCUCCAAAAGGCUGAAUGUGAAGUUUUGGUCUCAGCGCUGAAGUCCAACCCAGAUCUGACUGAACUGGAAAUAAAUCAGAUCAUCAUAUAUGAAGGUGGAGAAUCUGAUCUGAAGCCUGUGGUUGAGAUCCUGGAGAGUUCAAUCAGUAAAGUGAUGAAUCUGAGAUUGAAUCACUGCAGUUUGUCAGAGACCAGCUGGACUUCUCUGUUCUCAGCUCUGAAGUCCAAACCGACCCAUCUGACAGAACUGGACCUGAGCAGAACCAACCUGGAAGAUUCUGUAGUGAAGGAUCUCUGUGGUUUUCUACAGACUGAAGGCUGCAGACUGGAGACAUUGGGAUUGUAUCACUGCAGGUUGUCAGAGACCAGCUGGACUUCUCUGUUCUCAGCUCUGAAGUCCAAACCGACCCAUCUGACAGAACUGGAGCUGAGCAACACCAACCUGGAAGAUUCUGUAGUGAAGGAUCUCUGUGGUUUUCUACAGACUGAAGGCUGCAGACUGGAGACAUUGGGAUUGAUGGACUGCAGUUUGUCAAAGAUCAGCUGUGAUUAUUUGGCUUCAGCUCUGAAGUCCAACAGCCUCCAUCUGAAAGAACUGGACCUGAAAUGGAACAACCUGAAGGAUUCAGAUGUUCAGCAGCUGAAGGAUCUUGUAGAUGAUCUAAAGUUCUGAUCUCUGUAAAGUAGAGAAUGAUCUCUGUGUCCUGCUGAUCCUCAGAGGUUGAAGCUGCAGCAGUUUGAGUCUAAAGAGACUCUGAUUGGAUCAUGAUGAUGACCUCUGACCUCCAAGAUUUUCCUCCUGUUUGUUUUCUCAUGUCUCUCAUUUAGUGUCUGAUAUUGUUUGUCUCUUUGGAUCAAUAAAGAUCCAAUUCAAACUGGGCUCCAUUUAGAGGCUUGAUGGAGUUUUGAUCUGAACUGGAUUCAACUGGAAAGUUGAUCUUUUUUCUCUCUGGUUCAUUUUCAUCCUGGAACCAGAAAUGGUCUGAGAAUGGAAACAUGGGAAUCAUUUCCAGUUCAGCUUUGAAGCCAUGAAAGACACUUCAACCCUCUUUUCUCUGCUGCUUCUUCCUUCUGUUGACAUGAAAAUGUUCCUCAAAGCUCCUCAGAGAAAAAGAUGCUUUACUGGAAACUGGAGAGAAACUUCAGCUUCCAUCACAGAAACCAGUUGAACCAGUUUAGAACUGGAUGUCCCACAGAAACUCUGAACUUACAGCAGUUUUCAGGAACAUUUGGAACCUGGAAAAUUUCUUUUUAUAUAUUUUUAUGUUUGUUCUAAAAAGUAAAUCUUGAAGUUUUUCAUCAUCAUUGAUUCUCAGUUUGUUUUGGUUUUUACUUUUUUAACUCCAUAUUUCAUGUUUUGAGUUUUCUGGAGAACUUUAGGACUCGAUGUGUCACAUCAGGAUCUUUACUGUGAUUUUACUGAUUUAUUCAACACUCAGAGAAACACUGGGAUAAUGUGCUGAUUGGUUCAUGAUUGAUUUUCAUAAUUCUUCUAAUGUAAGGUGGGUUUCUGGAUGUUUAAUGACCAAAUAAAGUUUUUAAAAAAUC